AUGGCUCACCCUAGCGACUCCAAAACGCCUAUCGACAAUCCUACCCGGGUCGAUUCUCACGAUCACGUCGAGACUGCAUUCAAGCAUGAUGAACUUGCCGCCGAGGCCGUGGCACAGGGUCAGGCUCUUUCGGGUUAUGAGAACUUGACCUUCUGGGAGACUGUCCGGACCUUCAAGAUGGCCUCUCUCCUCUGUCUGCUCGCGGCCUUUAGUGCUGGAGCUGAUGGCUAUCAAAUUGCUAUGCAAGCAAGCAUUAUUGCUAACAAAGGCUUUGUUCAGCAGUUUGCCACAGCGGUCAACGAAGAGGGAGAGAAGUUUCUUGCAUCCAAUAUCAUCGCUACUUGGAGUGCUGGCCAGAACGUAGGCCAGGUCCUCGGUCAGAUCGGAAUCUCUUUUGUUGUCGCACGGUUCGGUCGCAAGAUUUCCAUGUACACUCUCUGGACCAUCCUCAUGAGCAGUGUCUUGGCUGAAUCACUUGCCCGAGCAUGGCCGGUCUGGUUUGGUGCCAAGAUGCUUGCUGGCACCGGCGUAGGUUGCCUCCAGGCUACCCUACUGGGCUAUAUUACAGAAGUGAGCCCGACAAGAGUCCGUGGCGGUAUGUUAAUGCUUUACAGCUUCUGGUGGACUUUGGGCUCCUUCUGUACUCAUGUGGCUCUCCAGCGGCUGAACAAGACUGAUCCCUUCAACUGGCUUACACCUGUGUAUACCCAAUGGGGACACAUCGGAGUCAUGGCCGUUAUCUACGUCUUGCUUCCCGAAUCUCCCUCUUGGUGUGUUACCGUCGGGCAGGAAGAGAGGGCCAAAAAAAGUAUCAGGUUUAUUUACCGCGGAGUUGAGAACUUUGAUGUCAAUCGUCACUACGAACUCCUCGCCCUGAACGUCGAACACGAAAAGGCUUUGGCUGCUGAGCAACGAAACGAAAGCUGGAUGGCUAUCUUCAAGGGCACUGACGGUCGCCGUACCAUCACCGCCAUGUGGACCAUUGUCGCGCAGCAAUUCCUGGGCCUUGCCCUCUUUGGUAGCUUCGGUACAUACUUCUUCCAGCAGGCUGGCCUCGCCGACCCCUUCCAGAUCAAGGCCAUCACCACAUCUCUUCAGAUAAUCGUCGUUAUCUUGGCAGUCUUUGGAGUCGAUAAAUUCGGUCGACGCCGUAUGGCCUGCUGCGCUACUUCCUUGAUGUGGAUCUCUUGCUUGCUUGUUGGUAUCAUAGGAGUUGCCCCCCAAAGUGGUGCAAGCACCUCUGUGUUUGUCUUGUUUGCAUGCUUCUGGAACAUUGGCAUCUCGGCUAAUGGGGCUGCGGGCUGGGGCUACAUCGGCGAAAUAUCCUCGCAACGACUACGGCCAUAUACGUCUGGCUUCGCAGCGUCUGCCAACUCCGUCACUGGUCUGAUCAUGUCUGUUCUCACGCCGUACAUGGUGAAUUCCAACAAGUGGGAUUGGAAGCUCAAAACUGGCUUCUUCUACGCUGGCGUUGGUCUACCUUGGGUCAUCGGUACGUGGCUGCUGGUUCCCGAGACGGCUCGGCGAUCACCUGCCGAGCUUGACGAACUCUUUGAGCGUAAGAUCAAAGCCUGGAGAUUCCAUACAACUGAGACUGCUACGCAGCGCCUGAUGCAGAGCGAGAACGCGGAAGCUGCGGAGAAAUGA